AUUUUUUCACACGCAUCUCCGAGUGAUUACACAAGCCACUGGCUUGCUUAUGCUAAGGACACAGCUUGCAGCAGCAGCACUCCUCCUCUUCGCAACCACCACCAAUUGCCAGCAGCAAAGCUGCAUGGGCUCCCAGCUCUCAUCUCUCAUGGCGACCGCGGGCACGACCCGUGACGCCUACACGCCCGACGGCCCGGUAGCCAAGCGCAUCGCGAGCGUGACGCCCUACUUUCCGUUCAAGGGCAUCCCGAAGUUUUACGACAUUGGCGGGUUCCUGAAGGACCCCGAGGCCUUCGCGUUAGUGGUCGAGGUCUUGGUCGAGCGCUACCGGAACGAGGACAUCACGAGCAUUUGUGGUUUGGACGCGCGCGGUUUCGUGCUGGGACCGCCUUUGGCAUUAGCCCUGAAGAAGCCCUUCUUUAUGCUGCGCAAGAAGGGCAAGAUGCCGAAUGUGGUGACCGGUGAGGCCUACGCCAAGGAGUACGCGGGGAACGAUGCCUUGUCGAUCCCGCGCGGCGCCGUGUCCGCGGGCGACAAGGUCCUCGUUAUUGAUGACCUGGUCGCGACGGGCGGGACUUUACUGGCAGCCAUCGAGCUGAUCAAGAAGUUCGAUGGCAAAAUCGUCGAGUGCGCGUGUGUCGUCGAGCUGAAAUUCCUCGACGCGCGCGGCGCCUUCGACAAGAAGGGUCAUGGGGAUGUGCCCAUCUGGGCGAUGAUGAGCGAGGACAUCCUGACGCUGGACGGCCUCGCGGACGCGUCGAUCCCGACGGAUGGCUACGUCGACGACGGCGAGGCGCACUAGUCGCUUGUUUUUUCUGUGCUCGGGCAUAACUUAGGAUGUACAUUA